UGAUUCGUGUGAAUACCUUCUCUCAAGUGGCAGAUUUCUUGGAGAGAGAGUUUGGCAACCUCACAGUUGUAUGAUGCAUAAAUACAGAAUCAGUGAAGCAAAGAACUGCCUUGUGGAUAAACAUAUUGCAUUUGUUGGAGAUUCCAGAAUUCGUCAGUUGUUUUAUUCUUUUGUAAAAAUAAUUAAUCCUCAAUUCAAAGAAGAAGGAAAUAAGCAUGAAAACAUUCCUUUUGAAGACAAGAUUGCCUCAGUGAAAGUGGAUUUUCUGUGGCAUCCUGAGGUUAAUGGUUCUAUGAAACAGUGCAUCAAAGUGUGGACUGAGGAUUCCACUGCCAAGCCCCACGUGAUCGUAGCCGGAGCUGCCACAUGGUCCAUCAAGAUUCACAACGGGAGCAGUGAGGCACUUUCUCAAUACAAGAUGAACAUUACCUCCAUUGCUCCACUUUUAGAAAAAUUGGCAAAGACUAGUGAUGUUUAUUGGGUCUUACAAGACCCUGUUUACGAAGACCUCUUAAGUGAAAACAGGAGGAUGAUCACCAAUGAGAAGAUCGACGCCUAUAAUGAAGCUGCAGUCAGCGUUCUGAACAGCAGCACCAGAAACUCUAAGUCUAACGUUAAGAUGUUCAGUGUUUCCAAAUUAAUUGCUCAAGAAACCAUCAUGGAAUCUCUGGAUGGCUUACAUCUUCCUGAGUCAAGCAGAGAAACUAGUGCGAUGAUUCUUAUGAACGUAUAUUGUAAUAAGAUCCUGAAGCCUGUGGAUGGUUCCUGCUGUCAGCCUCGGCCCCCUCUCACUCUCAUACAGACUCUGGCUGCUGGGUUUUUUGCUUUAUCUAUUAUUGGAUAUUUACUUUUUUAUAUAAUUCAUCGUAAUGCUCAUCGGAAGAAUAAACCAUGCACUGAUUUGGAAAGUGGAGAGGAAAAGAAACAUAUUGUCAACACCCCCGUGUCUCCACUAGAAACCCUCUUACAGUCUUUUUGCAAACUCGGCCUUAUUAUGGCUUAUUUCUAUAUGUGUGACCGUGCAAAUCUGUUUAUGAAGGAAAACAAGUUUUAUACACAUUCAUCUUUCUUUAUUCCAAUUAUCUACAUCUUGGUUUUGGGAGUAUUUUACAAUGAAAAUACUAAAGAGACUAAAGUAUUAAAUCGAGAGCAAACAGAUGAAUGGAAAGGCUGGAUGCAACUUGUGAUUUUGAUUUAUCAUAUUUCUGGAGCAAGUACAUUUUUGCCCGUGUACAUGCACAUUCGAGUUCUGGUUGCUGCGUAUCUGUUUCAGACAGGCUAUGGACAUUUCUCAUACUUCUGGAUCAAAGGAGACUUUGGAAUCCAUAGAGUAUGCCAAGUCUUAUUUCGUCUCAAUUUCCUGGUAGUGGUGUUGUGUAUAGUGAUGGACCGGCCUUAUCAAUUCUACUACUUUGUCCCCUUGGUCACUGUAUGGUUCAUGGUCAUAUAUGUUACUUUGGCACUGUGGCCACAGAUAACCCAAAAAAAAGCAAACGGAAAUUGUUUCUGGCAUUUGGGCUUACUAUUGAAAUUAGCCUUUUUGCUGUUAUUCAUAUGUUUUUUGGCAUAUUCUCAGGGUGCGUUUGAGAAGAUCUUUUCCCUUUGGCCACUGUCCAAGUGCUUUGAACUGAAAGGGAAUGUGUAUGAAUGGUGGUUCAGAUGGAGGUUAGACCGUUACGUAUUCUUCCAUGGAAUGCUGUUUGCUUUUAUUUAUCUGGCUUUACAGAAGCGCCAAGUUCUUUCUGAAGGAAAGGGUGAACCUCUUUUUUCCAACAAAAUUUCAAAUUUUCUAUUGUUUGUUUCAGUAGUUUCUUUCUUGACCUAUUCCAUCUGGGCUAGCAGUUGUAAAAACAAAACAGAGUGCAAUGAACUCCACCCAUCUGUUUCUGUGGUACAGAUUUUAGCCUUUAUCCUGAUAAGGAACAUCCCUGGACAUGCCCGCUCAGUUUACAGUUCAUUUUUUGCUUGGUUUGGAAAAAUUUCUUUAGAGCUCUUUAUCUGCCAGUACCACAUAUGGCUGGCGGCAGACACACGCGGCGUCCUGGUCCUCAUCCCCGGCAACCCAGUGCUCAACAUCGUCGUCAGCACGUUCAUCUUUGUCUGUGUGGCCCAUGAAGUUUCUCAGAUCACGAAUGACCUAGCACAGGUCAUCAUCCCUAAGGAUAACUCAGCUCUCCUCAGGAGGCUGGCAUGCACAGCUGCGUUUUUUGGUGGACUCCUCAUCUUGUCCUCCAUUCAAGAUCAGUCAAGACAUUAGGCUCCUGAAAUCCUAAAGAUGUACACUCUCAGGCUUUUGCUGUGUCUGCCCGGAGGAGCAGGCAUCCGUCUGGAGAUAUACCAGUAACUGUAAAUAUGAACACAUGUGCAAGAGGACAGUUGUGUGAUGUCUGUUGGCCAUGUGUGCUUGUAUAUAUUGGAAAUGUACAUAACCAUUGUGAAAUACUAAAAAAAAAAAAGGCGCACCAGAAUGCAUCGUACAAGAGCACAUGGAAAGUCCUUUCUACUGAAUCUGUGUUUUUGUUUAUGACUGAUUUUAAGUUAACAUAUGAAGGCAGGGAUCGAUUGAUUACCUUUCCAGUAAAAAGUAUAGAUAACAUAGCUAGCUAGUGACACUGAGUGUUUUGAUAAUGCUAAAUGUGGGUGUUAAGCCUGUCUGCACCUCUGCUCACCAUGGAACUUCCUGCUUUACAGACAACUUCCCUGCUCGGAAGUGGCUGCAGUGCUGUUUCCUUACCAUAUGUGCAAUGAUGCGGAAUGACACGUAUGCCUUUAAUGUAUGUGUGUUCUUGUUCUGCUGUUACGUGUUUCCUGGAGUGGCUGUUCUUCCUAGCUGUGGUUCUCAGGUGUGCUGGCCUCAAUCUUCGUACACUGUCUCACAGAGUUCUGUGAGGCUCCAUCUUUUUAUUAUUGAUGUUGUCGUCACUUCUUUUUAUUAAAAAGCCAAAUUUUCAUUUCAAUCCAAAUGCUCUCCUGUCUCCUUUCCUCAAGAUAUGCCAGUGUAAUACAGUUACCCUAUGGGUCCAUUUAGCCUAUUUUCUCCCCACGAAUUCAUUUUUGCAUAGCAUUUCCAAUGUUUGGAAAGCUCUUAUUAUAGCCAUUUUGGCAUUUCCUGUUACCCACCUCCUAUUUUAAGAAAAUAUUUAUCAAUUGAGAUGUGUGCAGUGUAGGAAACCAUUCAAGUUGUUGUGACUGAGAUGUGUUGCCAUAGACAGAAUGUCAAGUCAGCUGGUGACUUUGAGCAAUAAGUGGGGUUUUUUUUUGUUUUUUUACAAGCUAACUGUUAGAGGUAUACAUUUAUUUAUCUGUUGUACAGAUUUGAUUAUGAUUUUUAAUGUUUGAAAGAUUGCACUUGUUUGCUUUUACUAUGUGUGGGGUAAAAUAUAUUUUCUGUUCACAGUAUGUGAAAAUAUGGAGUAAUUUAAACAGUAAAUAAACGUUCUGUGGAUGCUUAUUUUUGUAUUGGCAAAGUAUCAAUUAAACUAUAUGUGUUCUUUUUUUAAAAA